AUGGCUGCCGCUACAAUCGAAUUGCCUUUCUUGUCGACACAUUACGCCAUUGCCGAGUCGACUCUGGGCACGCUCACUGAAGCUCCGACGGUCGAACUUGUCAACCAGUUACUGGAAGCUAUCACCAAGAAGGCGCGAGAACACGAUGAACUGAAAUCUGAUAAGCUUCGGCUUGAGGUCGAGCUUGAGAGUGCCGUUCGCAGCAGCGAGACCAAGAUCAAGGUGCUGAAAGGAUCGGUCGAGAAGGGCCACGCGGAGGUUGAGGAAACAAGAAAGAAACUUCAUGAAUCAGAAACCAUCCGAUCUUCCUUAGAGUCCGAGAUUGCGACGCUAAAGUCAUCGUCGACGUCGAACGACUCCGAACUUAGUUCUCUGAAAUCCCGCAUAACCUCCCUUGAAGCCUCAAACCGCGAUACUCUAGCGCUGCUUGAAUCUAAAUCGGCAGCGUACGAUAAACUCGCAGAGGAACUAUCUACUCACCACAAAAAGACCAUUGAACUACGACGCGAGCUUUCCGCAGCCGAGCAGAAUCUCCAGGCCGCAAACUCAGCUUCCGCUAGCGCCAAGCUCCGCGAACAGAGUCUCCAGAACGAGCUGGAAUUGACAAAGAGGAACAAUGAGUGGUUUGAGACGGAGCUGAAAACGAAGUCCGCGGAGUAUCUCAAGUUCCGCAAGGAAAAGAGUGCCCGGAUCGCAGAACUUCAGCGUGAAAACGAAGAGGCUAUUGCGGCAACGGAGACUUUACGGCGCAGCGAAAAUGCUCUCAAAAGCCGCUUGGACGAAGUCGAACAGCGCUACGAAGAAUCUCUCUCUAGUAUCCAGCAGCUCAAGGAAGAAGCGAUCCAAGCUGCCGAGUCAUUCCGGAUAGAGUUGGACAGCGCGAACCGGCUGGCGGAGCUACAGGAAAACGCUGCGAAUACAGCCAAGAGGCGUGUACAAGAAUGCCAGCUGACGUUGGACAAGGUGCGAGAGGAUGCGGCGGAGGAGGUUUCACGCCUGAGGGUUGAGAUCGAGACCGAACACAGUGAUAAGGAGGCCGCAGAGCGCCGCGUUGCUGAGCUUGAGCUGGCCAUCAACCAGCUUGAGACUGAGGGUGCAGUUGGAGGUAGGUCCAUGAGCCCUGCUCGUGGAUUGAACGGUACUCCAGGCACGCCAGUCCGCCCUAGCACCCCGCUCGGCACAUUCUCGCCCCGUACAUCGCGAACCAAGGGUAACCUUACUCUCACACAAAUGUAUACCGAGUACGACAAGAUGCGGACACUGCUUGCUGCGGAGCAAAAGACCAACCAAGAACUUAAGUCCGCCUUGGACGAGAUGGUUCAGGAUCUUGAAGCUAGCAAACCUGAGAUCGACGAGCUCCGUGAAGAUCACGCCCGUCUGGAGAAUGCAGUUGUUGAGAUGUCGAAUAUCCUCGAUACCGCUGGAAAAGAACGGGAGGAGGCCACGAAAGAAAGCAGGAAAUGGCAGGGCCAGGUGGAAGGGUUGGCGCGCGAGGGUGACAUUUUGCGACAACAGUUGAGAGACCUAAGUUCCCAAAUCAAGGUUCUAGUGUUGGAAGUCACUCUCUUGAAGGAGGGUGAGUCAAAUUACGACCGUGACGAACUCGAAAAGCUCGCUCGCAAAGAAAUCGAAGACUCUUCGGCCGACCUUACCCCCACAGGGCGCUUCAUCAGCCAGAACCUGAUGACGUUUAAGGAUCUUCACGAGCUUCAGGAGCAGAAUAUAACGCUACGUCGCAUGUUGAGAGAGUUAGGAGAUAAGAUGGAAGGAGCAGAAGCGCGUGAAAAGGAUGUUACCCGGCAGCAGGAACAGGAGGAACUGAAGGAGUUGAGGAUUCGGGUGCAGACAUAUCGGGACGAAAUCGCGAACCUCAUUGCUCAGACCAAGAGCUAUGUCAAAGAACGCGAUACUUUCCGCAGCAUGUUGACGCGCCGACGGCAAACGGUUGGUGGCGAUGCUGUGUUCUCACAGUCCCUUCCCCUCGGCGCCGCCCCCCCGGCUUCCGACGAAGCGAAGGGCGUCCCUGACUAUGCCGAGUUGCUGCGCAAGGUCCAAGCACACUUCGAUAGCUUCAGGGAGGAGACAGCGACAGACCACGCGUCUUUGAAGCAGCAGGUCAACGAGCUCUCGCGCAAGAACAGCGAACUGAUGAGUGAGACUAGCCGUUCAAGCAGUCAACUUGUUGCCGCUACUCAACGAGCUGAGCUUCUCCAGAGCAACUUCAAUAUGCUGAAGACGGAGAACGCAGAGCUGCAAAAACGCUACGCGACGUUGUUCGAGAACGCCAACCGCCAGGAUCUCAAGACACAGCAAGCCGCAGAAGAUCUUGUCGAGUCCAAGGGCCUUAUUGACAGUCUUCAGCGUGAGAGUGCUAACCUCAAGGCGGAAAAGACACUGUGGAAGAGCAUUGAGAAACGACUGAUUGAGGACAAUGAGACCCUGAGGAACGAGCGCAGCCGCCUGGAUUCGCUUAAUGCCAACUUACAGAACAUCCUAAACGAGCGGGAGCACGCAGACUCGGAAUCUCGCAGACGCCUUCAGCAAAAUGUGGAGACCCUCGAGUCAGAGUUGCAGACAACGAAACGGCAAUUGAACGAGCAGGUUGAGGAGUCCAAGAAGGCCACCCUUCGACGCGAAUAUGAGAAUGAGCAGAACCAGAAGCGUAUUGACGAUCUGAUUACAAGCCUGAGCUCCGCGAAGGAAGAACUAGUUGCAGUCAAGACAACCAGAGAUCACUUACAAUCCCGCGUUGACGAACUCACUGUUGAGCUUCGCAGUGCAGAGGAACGUCUCCAAGUCCUCCAGUCGCGACCGAGCGUUUCUGCGGCUGCGGCUGACACCGCUCCUGAAGGAUCACACGAGUCCGGCUUGACCCGAGAGCAAGAACUUAGCAUGGAAGUGUCUGAGCUGAAACGCGACCUGGAACUGGCCAAGACUGAUUUGGAACAUGCCAAAGAACAGGUUGAAGACUAUAAGGCGAUUAGCCAGGCGACUGAAGAACGACUGCAGUCUGUUUCUGACACCAACGAUCAGUACCGCGAAGAGACCGACCUUCUCGUUAAGGAGAAGGAUGCGAAGAUCCAGGACCUGGAGAAACGGAUCGAAGAGAUCUCUUCUGAACUCUCCGCAACCAACACUGAGCUUUCUCAACUUCGCGACGGCCAGAGUGAAGCUACUCGCCGUCUGGAGGAGCAAAAGGCCAGCCUGGAAGCCGAUAUUGCCAGACUCACGGAGGAAAACGAACGCCAAAUCGCAGCAGCUCAAUAUCAUCAGGAGGACCUCAAGGCCCAGGCGGAGAUUGCACAGCAUGCCCAGCAAAACUACGAGAGUGAACUGGUCAAGCACGCUGAAGCUGCCAAGAACCUCCAGACGGUCCGGGCUGAAGCCAACCAGCUGAAGCUGGAAGCGGUUGAACUGCGUACUCAGGCUGAGACCUACAGGAAAGAUAUUGUCCAGAAGGAGGAAAGCUGGAAUGAGCGCAAGGACCGGUACGAAAGCGAGCUUCUGGAGUUACAGAAGCGCCGUGACGAAGUGCUACAUCAGAACAACCUGCUUCACGCCCAAAUCGAGAACAUCACCAAGCAGAUCUCAGCUCUGCAACGGGACCGCGCCAGUAUCGCUGAAAACGAGCAGGAGGAUGGCGAGGCGGUUCCGCCGAACCUCGAAGGCCUGCAGGAGGUCAUCAAAUACUUGCGUCGCGAGAAAGAGAUUGUUGAAGUUCAGCAUCACCUGUCUACGCAAGAGGGCAAACGACUGCGCCAGCAGCUUGAAAACACUCAACGUCAGCUUGAUGAGGCGCGUGUCAGUCUUGAAGAGCUUCGUCAGGCUGAUGCUGACAGUACCCACACUGAUUUGAAGCAAGAAAAGCUCAUGAAUACGUUGAACGAACUCAACAUCUUCCGUGAAAGUAGUGUGACUCUGCGCAGCGAACUUCAGAAGACCAAGGCUGCCCUUACUGAGAAAUCUGCUCGCGUUGAUGAAUUAGAGCAGAAAAUUGCCCCUCUGGAGACCCAAAUCAGGCAACUCGAGGACGCUGUCGAGGCAAAGGAUGAAGAAAUGAAGCUCUUACAGCAAGAUAGGGAUCACUGGCAGCAACGAACGCAGAACAUUCUUCAGAAAUACGACCGAGUGGACCCAGCUCAAAUGGAGGAAUUGAAACAGGAGUUGGAGAAGCUGAAGACGGAACGAGACGAGGCUAUCUCGGCCCGUGAAGCCCUUGAGAAACAGAUUGAAACGUUCCCAGAGCAGUUGAGCGCGGCCGAGCAGAGGACGCAGGACCUUCGCUCCAAACUUACGGAACAAUUCAAGGCACGUUCCAGGGAAUUGACGAGUCGUGUCGUUGCCAAGCAAACUGAGCUGGAUGCCGUGGUUCAGGAGAAAGAAGUACUUCAGGAAGAGUUGAAGACAACGAAGGAGGAGUUGGAUGCUUUGAAGACUAAGCUCGCCGAGAAGCCUGAUGCGCCAGCGGACCAGGGUACAGUUGUCAACUCCACACCGGCGUCGCAAUUCCCUGCUCCCACCACACAAGCACCAGCGCCGACGGACGACGAACGCGUCAAGGCUCUGGAAGAGAAGGUUCAGCGCCUGGAAGCCGCUCUUGCCGAGAAGGACGGUGUUCUGGCUGCUAAGGACGCCGAGCAUGAGACCAAGAUUAAAGAACGAGUAGAGAGGAUGAAGGAGCUUUUCAACAACAAGAUGGCCGAGGUUAGGGCCAACCAUCGACAGGAGGUCGAACGCUUGACAGCCGCCCAGAGCGGAGCCCAGGAGGGUGCCCAAAACACUCAAGAAACCCCAGCAACACCACAAGCUAACCAACAACCUCCCGCCACCCCAAGCAAGGCGGAAGGUAGCCUCCCCGAAUUGACGGAUGCCCAGGCCAGACAGCUUGUUGCACGGAACGAGACUAUCCGCACGAUCAUUCGCAACAACAUCAAACAGCAACUUGCCAAGGAGAAGGAGAAGCAAGGGCAAGAGACUCAAUCUACUCAGGAGGCGGUGGCAGCUGCGGAGCAAAGAUUUAACGAGGAGCGGGAGGCGUUCAAGAAAGCGCAUGAAGGAGGUGUUGAGGAGAAGAUCAAGUCUGCCGUCGAGCUAUCGGAUAAGAAGUAUCUGGCUAGAAUCAGCAUGCUUGACUCCAGGUACCGAAACACACAGGCCAAGGUUGAUGUCGUGUCGAAGGCGGCCACCGAGACACCGCAGAAGCCCGUCGUCGAGGUAUGGGAGGUUGCAAAGGUCGCUAAAGCUCCGCCUGCGCAGCCACAAACUCCCAAGCCUUCGCCGGCGACUCCGGCCCAAGUUGGCUCUCCUGCACCACAGGUGGCACAAUCUGCAGCACAGUCUGCACCUACAGCCCCCCCAGCAGCAGCUGUCCAGCAAACAAAUGCCCCGGUCCAAGCCCAAGCUCAAAUUCCAACCCCGGCCGCGGCCCCACAGACUGCUCCUGCAGUUCCUCAACCUCAAUCUCAACCUCCACCGAGUGGUCAGCAGGCACAACAACCACUACAGUCACAAGAGGGCCCUGCAGCUGGCGCUGCUCCUGCUACAGGUGGCGUCCCCAACCCAUUUGGCCAGCUUCAGAACAAACCACAGCCACAAGCUUCGAACCUGCCCAACAAACCACCACCUGGAGCUGCUGGAGCAGCCGGAGCAGGCGGCGUCCUUCGAUCAUUGCAGUCUGGACUUCCCGUCGCGCGCGGCGCACGAGCCGGCGGUCGUGGCGGCGCUCAUCAGCAGAACCCCUUCGGGCAGCCCCAACAACAGGGUCAGGGUCCGGCGCAGGCGCCUCAGCAGCAGCAACAAGCCCAGCGUGGUAGUGGCAUUGCUCGUGGCCGCGGUGGACGAGGAGGCCAGGGUAGAGGCGGACACCAGAACGCUCAGCAACAAGGACAAACUCAGGGACAACCCCAAGCGCAAGCCAGUCCCGGCCGAGGUGCACUCAACGCUGGAGCCCGCCAGUUCGUCCCGCAGGGCAACAAGCGAGCCAGGGAGGACGGAACGGACGGCGGAAACGAAGGUGGAAAGCGGAUGCGCGGGGGUGGCCAUGCGCGGGGAGCUUAG